GUGAUGCGGCUCUCUAAUUCCGGAUAAUUAUGCAAAGCAGUUAAUCACAGCGGUGUGUGAACCACCUAAUUGACUGCCUGCUCGCGCUUCCCUGCGCCACCUAGUGGCCGCUUUAAGCCCCCCAUCCUCCUAUCCUAUUUAAUAAAUUAUUUUUCCGCCGGGAGAAAUAAAGUGCCCGUGCAAGCGGAGCGGGGACAUCGGUGGCUCUUUGGAACCGCGGCGCAUCGCUUUCAUUCCCGUGACUGCGAUCAUUUGUUGCUGUCCUACAGUCGGAGAGCUGCGUCUCAGCCCAGCGCACUGACGGAUACGGACCGACUUCAAGGAUCACAGAUGGACUGGCUCGCACCUGAGAUGUGAACUGUGUUAUGUGAGCCGAGGUGUUUUCCCACCUUGCCGGUGGUGGGAAGAGAUGCUGCGCGCCGUUACCAUGGCAGCAGAAGUUCUACUUCUUCUUGGGUUCCUGAUGAGCGGCACGCUGUGCAAUCCCAUAGCGACCCUACCGGUGAGCCGGGAUCGUCUUGAGAAGGCGCUGACCCAAUCCAGGGACGACAAACAGCAGGACAAGCAGGGCCCCGAGGAGUCUCUGGAAUAUGCUGCUCAGGAAAGAAAUACCUUUGGCCCCAACAGGACUGCCCUGGAUCUCAGCAGGCCGAACUUUAGCUCCCUGACACAAGGGUCCAAAGUCAGUACAUCCCAGGAACAGUGGACCGAGCAGGACGCUCUAAACCAAAUAGAUGAGGGCCCCACCAGCGACGUUGCCCGGUCCCUGGAUGCCAUUGACGAGUAUGCCUACCCAGACUACAGAGGGAAAGGCUGCAUGGACGAGAGCGGCUUUGUGUUUGCCAUCGGCGAGGAGUUUACCCCGGGCCCUUCAACAUGCCCUUGCCUCUGCACAGACGAGGGCCCUCUCUGCACCCAGCCCGAAUGUCCCAAGGUUCACCCUCGCUGCAUUAAAGUGGACACCAGUCAGUGCUGCCCUCUGUGCAAAGAGAAAAAGAACUACUGCGAGUUUCGAGGCAAGGUCUACGCCUCGCUUGAAGAGUUUAAGGUGUCUCCAUGUGAAAAGUGCAGGUGUGAGCCCAGUGGAGAGGUGCUGUGCUCGGUGUCUGCCUGUCCUCAGACGGAGUGCGUGGAUCCUGAGUACGAGCCCGACCAGUGCUGUCCCAUCUGCAAGAGCGGACCCAACUGCUACGCGGACACAGAGGUGAUACCAGCCGGCCGAGAAGUGAAGAUUGACGACUGCACAAUCUGCUACUGUACGUACGAGGAGGGCACAUGGCAAAUUGAACGACAGGCCACCUGCAGUAAAAAUGAGUGCUAACAAAGCUAAAGACUAGCACAGCUGAGGAGGGACGCCCUUUCCAUUCCAAAUGCACACAACCGGGCUGUCACCCAGUCCGCUGGUCAUCAGGGGGAUACAGUGGCACGACAACAAGUCUGCGUUCAUACGGUGGUCACUCCUCUACAACUGAAAAACUUUUAUGGACAUUUCUAAUCUUCACACAGAUUAUCUAUUUAUCUAUGUAUUCAAUUAUUUCUGAAUAUAUAAAAAUAUAUAAGGUCAUGCUAAUCUAGUGAGAAAAAUAUUUUUUAUAGUUUCUGUAUUUUAAUAAGCAAUGUACUGGACCAGAGGUCAAAAUCAUCAAAAGAAUGUACAGAACACACACAGCUGUCUCUGGAGGUGAAAACCUCAAUUCCUAAACAUCUGGUAUAGCCCUGACCUGUCCCAACUCCAGUGCAGAAAAAAAGGGCCAAAAACCAAUCCUGACAUCAUUUCUGACACAGUCUAUACACCAACCAGAUUCCUGGACUGCAGCAUUCCUGAGACAUCUGUCCCAACACCUUGCAUAACAUCAGUCCCGAUAAGAGUAGCAACACCAGUUCAGAAACCUUACCCAACUAACCCCAUUCCAGGCCUGACUUAAGUCCUCAAAGCAGUUGGGCAAAAGUCCUGACACCAGUCCACUUGACCAAACUUCAGUCCUGGCAAUCCCCUUACCUAUUCAUGCACAAAUCCCUGAUCUAUCCAUACCCCAGUCCCAACACUAGUCCUGACCAAUCCAUACACCAGUCUUGACCAAUCCAUACAUAAGACCCUACACUAGUCCUGACCAAUCCUUACACCAGUCUGGACCAAUCCAUACCCCAGUCCCAACACCAGUCCUGACCAAUUCAUACACGAGUCCUGACCAAUCCAUAUCCCAGUCCCAACACCAGUCCUGACCAAUCCAUACCCCAGUCCCAACACCAGUCCUGACCAAUCCAUACCCCAGUCCCAACACCAGUCCUGACCAAUUCAUAUACCAGUCCCAACACCAGUCCUGACUAAUCCAUACCCCAGUCCCAACACUAGUCCUGACCAAUCCUAACACAAGUCUUGACCAAUCCAUACCCCAGUCCCAACACCAGUCCUGACCAAUCCAUACCCUAGUCCCAACACAAGUCCUGACUAAUCCAUAUCCCAGUCCCAACACCAGUCCUGACCAAUUCAUAUACCAGUCCUGACCAAUCCAUACCCCAGUCCCAACACUAGUCCUGACCAAUCCAUACCCCAGUCCCAACACUAGUCCUGACCAAUCCAUACCCCAAUCCCAACACUAGUCCUGACCAAUCAAUACCCCAGUCCCAACACCAGUCCUGACCAAUUCAUACACCAGUCCUGACCAAUCCAUACCCCAGUCCCAACACAAGUCCUGAAUAAUCCAUAUCCCAGACCCAAUAACAGUCCUG